AGUGAUCCAGACCUGUCGAAGUGGGUGAGAAAGCGAACGACUGGCGUCUAAAAAUCUAACGGGAAAAAACAAGAAUCGAACCCAGGUGGUUUGAGGAAAGUUGGCCGCUGUAGAAGAAGAGAGGGGGACAGAGAGAGGGAAGGAGAGAGAGAGAGAGGAAUAGAGAGAAGGAGCAGUGCCCAGCUGCCCAGAUGCUUCAGGGACGGGACGGUGCCGUCAUGUUCUCGGCGAACGUCGACGCGACGUCCGCAGAAGAGAUAGAAGAUGUCGACGCCGAGCCGAGUUCACUGUUAGAGUUACACCCGAGCGGAGCGGUCAUGGGCGCGCAGAACAACGCAUUCGCCCCGCUACCGGACAUCGACGCCUUCCUGCACAACACGGGCCUCAACAUAGACCAGAUCCAGCAGGGUCACGUGACGCCCGGGGACUCGCCAUCCCCCGAUCACGUGUCCGUCAAGUUCGAAGAACCCAGGUACUACUGUACUGAGCAUGCGCAGGAAGGCGUCACCGGCCAAUCACAGGCCAUGUUCGUGGAUCACGUGGACGAGCAGGACCAGACGAUGUGGGAGGAGCAACUGCAGACGGUAGACAUGCACGAGGUGAGGAAAAACCUGGGCAAGAUGCAGCCACUCAUCAUCAAGGAGGUCGUCAAGGACAUCGAAGUCGCCUGUAAGCUCCUCAACAUCCCCUCUGACCCUCACUACUGGACGGUGGAGCACGUAGAAAAGUGGCUGUUGUGGACCCUCCACCAGUACAGACUCCCUCCGCUCAACCUCGACUACUUCCGCAUGAGCGGCGUCACACUGUGCAUGCUCAGCGAGGACGACUUCCGUUUUAGAGCGCCACGCUGCGGAGACAUCCUGUAUGCUCACCUCGACGUCUGGAAGACAGCGUCACGGAUAGCAGGUCUACACAUUUUCCCAGAAAGCGAAGAAGAAGACGUUGACAAAGACGACCUGUCGAGUCCAACCACAGUGAAAGAAGAAAGGACCUCCCCUCCUCCCUCGUGUAAUGGCGUUAAAGGCUUGACGGACCGCCCACCCAUAGGACCUAUCACGUCAAUGACCCCUAACCAUCAAGCGGGAAUCCACUUGUGGCAGUUCCUGAAAGAGUUGCUGCUCCAACCGGAGUCGUACAGCCACUGUAUCCGCUGGAUCGACAGAGACGCAGGAAUUUUCAAAAUCGAAGACUCUGUGGAGGUGGCUCGACUGUGGGGUCUCCGGAAGAACCGUCCCGCCAUGAACUAUGACAAACUGUCUCGCUCCAUCCGACAAUACUACCGCAAGGGCAUCAUCAAGAAGACCGACAUCUCCCAGAGACUUGUGUACCAGUUCUGUCAGCCCAUUGCAGGAGUUACGGUGAAGAAAGAGCCCUGAACUCUCCACGGUUUCGACUUGUACAUAGACCACACGUUUAACGUCCACGUUGUAUGUAGUCCCUUUUUUUUGUUGGGAAGGAAGAUGUUACGAUCGAAAAGCGCUGGAUCUGAGGCUGUUUUAAAAAGCUGUACUCUGUGUGUUUUGAAUUGAAAAGACUAUACCAUUACAAGCACGUAUUCUCAAGGCACAUUGCUCACGAUGACUUGAAGAUAGAAAAUGUUGUGCAUUUCUAUUGGUCCCCAAUUGAAAACUGACAGAAAUGUCUUUUUGGCGACGCCCCAGGAGCGGAGGUAUUUUUACUUUUUGUAUAAACUUGAGGCAGACAAAUCAUCAAGAAAUUGAUGAAAGAGGAAUGUGCAAGUUCAUCUGAAAGACGUAUCACCAAACCUUCAUUGUGUCUGUUUCUUCCACGAAAUCUUACUUAGCACCGUUGGUGUGAGUAUAGUAAAUUGCCCAUCCAACACUAUUAAAACCACAGAGUACAGCUUUCAAUGCUUAAUGUAAGAUUCAAGUGGCUGCUUUGAGCAUCAUCAUAGAAGAGAAGGCAUAAGUGAGCAUGCGCGUUCAUCAGAAUCUAAAUCAUUGUGAUUCGAAGCGGUAAAACCAGGCAACGCGCAUGUGUGGAAGGCAGCUACUAACGCUAUGGCUUGCGUAAGUGAUGUCAGGGCUAUACCAUUGCAAAAGGGUAACAUAUUUUGUAUACAUAUUCUUCGUAUAUUAUAGAAAACAUAUCAGCCCAUUCU